AUGCUUGAUUUUAAAUUUGAUAAUGUUUUCCCACCAGAAACAAGUCAGGAGACGGUGUUUGAACAUGUGUCUGACAGUGUUCAGGUUUGUUUUGCUUAUCGACUGCAGAGUGCCCUCGACGGUUACAAUGUGUGCAUAUUUGCGUAUGGACAGACUGGUUAGACCUUCACUAUGGAAGGAGUCAAAGAUUCUCCCCGCCUGGCUGGACUGAUUCCACGCGCCUUUGAGUAUAUUUUUUCUGCGGUAGAAUGUUUGAGGAAGAAAGGAUGGGAGGUCAGUUUUAUCUUUCAAUUUCAGUAUGAAAUGACUGUCUCUGCGGUAGAGAUUUACAACGAACGUAUGAUCGAUCUGCUGAGUGAGAAGAAGGUUGGGAGGUCGGGCAAUUCGAAUUCCCGCGGUACUUCCGUGCACAUAAACGGGAGAGACGUGGUGCGGGUAGUCUCUCGACUCAGGUUGGACUUGGUUUAUAAUCAGAUUUCUGAAUUGCUGAGGAGAGCCCAAGACAAUCGGGCUAUUGGAGAGACUUUCUGUAAUGCGAGGUCAUCUCGUUCACAUUGUCUGUUUGAGUUGAGACUGAACGGGAGACAGGGCACGGGUCUGUCUUUGUGUGGGUCUCUCACUUUGGUGGAUCUGGCUGGGAGUGAGAGGCUUAAUCAGUCUGGAGCAGUGGGAAAUCGUUUGACCGAGACAAAGGCCAUUAAUCGUUCGUUGAGUGAGCUGGGGAACGUAAUAAUAGCCAUUUCGAAGAAGAGUAAACACAUUCCCUACAGAAACAGCAAGUUAACCCAGGCAUUGCAAUCCUCGUUGGGAGGCAAUUCUAAAACUUUAAUGUUUGUGAACGUCUCUUCCCAACUUGAUAAUAUUAACGAGACUGUUUCCUCCCUCAGAUUUGCUGCCAUGGUAAACCACUGUCACAUUGGAGUUGCCAAUAAAGCUACUUUUAAAUAAAGCAUUUGUCCUAUUUUAUAUGUUGAAACGCUUAGCUUAAUAAUGUCUUGAAUUUUGACCAUAUAUUUAAAAAUAAAAAUGACUGAUGG